AUGACCGCGCCGCCCUCUCCUCCUUCCUCACGCCACCGCCCUCUCCUCCUUCCUCACGCCUCCCUGCCGUGCCACCCCGCCGCCUCCUCCCUCGGUCGCUUCCUCCUCCCCUCCCGCCGUUCCCCUCCCCUAACCCUAGAAACUGAUGAUUUCGGGAAGGAGGGGGCACACAAGGGGGAGGUGCUGGAGAGGAAGGUGGAGGAGUUCUUCAGGGCCCUGAAGAAAGGGCCCGAGGAGGGGAAGGCCAACGACGCUUCGACAACGGCGAAGAAGAAGGCGGUGUUGGGAGGGGCGCCGAGGCAGGUGAAGCGGGAUGCGGAGAGGGAGGAAGAAGACUGGCCGCGGCCGCACCUCGCGAGCACGAGGAUGGAGCUGCCGCCAAGGUGGGACGGGCCGACAGGGACCGUCGUGCUCAUCGACAAGCCCAAAGGGUGGACCUCAUUUACUGUUUGUGGAAAACUACGGCGGUUGGUGAAAGUGCAAAAGGUUGGCCAUGCUGGUACUCUGGAUCCUAUGGCCACUAGAUUGUUGAUUGUUUGUGUGGGCAAAGCAACCAAAGUUGUUGAUAGAUAUCAAGGCAUGGUUAAAGGCUAUAGUGGUGUUUUCCGGCUUGGGGAAGCAACAUCAACCUGGGAUGCAGAUUCACCAGAGUGUAGCAGCCUCGACGCAGUGACCGAGUCACUCCUGAAUGUGCGGAGAAGCAGUGCCGCCUAG